AUGGGUCGAUUGUUGAACCUGGUCAUCCUCGUCGCUUCGUACCUCCAGAUUGGAACAGCAGUGCUGUCUGAACUGGGCAUUGGCUACCACGUCGGUGACGCAGCUAAGAUUGAGCACGAUUUCCGAGCGAUUCGCCAACACUUUGGUGGUGUCCGCACGUUCUUGACCCAAGUAAAUCCGCAGGUCAACAUCAUUGACGUGGCAGCAACGGUGGGCCUGAAGAUUGCGACGGGCAUACCAGUCGACAAGUCUCGCUUUACCUUGGACCUUGAAGCAGUUGUUGCGGGCGCCAAGCGGCAUCCCAACGCCGUCCAAGCUGUCUACAUUGGCAACGAAGACUUGCUGCAUGGGUAUAACCCUGGUCGCCUUAUCGAAUUGAUUCGGCGAGUCAAACGGCGCCUCAUGGACGCUGGUUUGCCCUCCAUUGCGGUGGGGACGGUGCAGACGGACGGAUCGUUUCUGGAGCAUCCGCAAGUGGCCACUGUGUGUGACGUCUUGGGGGUCAACAUCCACCCGUUUUUCAGCAACGGUCAGCCGAUGGCAAACUUCAACGCACGAUGGCGAGUGGUGAAGGCCAAAUUACCACCGUCGAAGUUACGCAUCACUGAAGUGGGGUGGCCAACCGCUGGAGGUCGUUCUCCGAGUGGGCAAGAGGCCAACGAAGCCACGUCGGUGGCAUUCUUCCAAGAUUUCUCCAAGUGGCAAAAGGAGGAGCAGACCGAGAUGCCGUUUUGGUUCAUGUAUCAAGACGUGCCAUCCAAAGGAGGAUUCGAAACUUACUUUGGCCUUGCCAGAGAAGAUGGCUCGUGGAAAGUUGAUUGGGAUGUGCUCGCCACGGACCCCUCCCAGCGCCUGCAGGCGGCAAUGGCCAUUGAAGCGGCCAAUGGAUGCAAACUCGCGGCUGCGAAUGGCCAAGUGACUUGCGGACCAGCGGAUGUAGAGCCAACGAUAUUUACGUGGGACCUGGCCACAAUCGGACUACGAACCAGUGCCAACCAGUGCUUAGCAGCGUCAACCGCGGCCAAGACUGUCCGACUCGAGCACUGCGAUGGCAACAGCACCGAUCAGAAAUGGAUCGUGCUCCGACGUGGCAGUCGGUUCAUUCAUGUUGACGAUGGCAUGUGCAUGGACAUAUCGCUGCCGGAAGGUCAGCCCACAUUGGAGAUGUGCGACGGCGAUCGUCAUACACAAAAGAUCCGUAUGGUGUCUCUGCCACGACUCUGCAGCUUGGAGGAAAACGCGGAUUACCCUGGUCAUGACUUCAGGUCCAUGCCCGCUCGGGACGCAAUGUCGUGCUGCCACAUUUGCCUCAAGACGACGCCAUGCAAAGCAUUCAGCUGGAUGCAUGGAACUUGUUGGUUGAAGCACAUGAAAGGACCGAAGGCCGUCAAAGUCGGCAUCGUUUCGGCGGCUAUGAGCUGAGCCCUGACGAACUGUAUUACUCUUCACGCCAAUGUUCAUCUAUUUAAUUGGUUUCUCUGGCUGUACCAGCAAGGGUCGCAGUUCCUCCGUGAUGCGAACAAUGUCUUUGUUGGACUGAAACUCGGACAUGUUUUCCAGGUGACUACUCACUGUGCCGCGUACAUGGGGGCAAUGGAAUACCAAUCGCCAAAGGGCUCGCAAACAUGCGACUUGGGAGCAUUCGUUCUUGAGGGAGAGCAAUGCACACAAUGACGACACGAUCGCGACCGAGUAGUCGGUUGCGAUCAACUGGGCAGCUUGCUCACCUCCCACCUGAAUAAGGUUAGCGAUGGCGUUGGCGGCGUUGCAUUUCGACAGGACGAAGGCAUUCAUGGGGUCGGGUACUCUCAGGAGCUUGGCGAGCAUCGUAAGCACGGCGUCCCUGGCAGGCAAUUUGUGGAUGAUGACGCUUGUGGAAGCCGUGAAGGCUUCAAGAACAGCAGCAAGCCAGUAGUUGACUUCCGGCGACGACAGACGCAUUUGCAACAGUACUGGCAAUGUCGUUUCCGCCAUCGACGUGACUGUGGCUUUGUCCAGAUGGAGAAUACCCCACAGUCGUUGCAGGACGGAUAUCUUGUCGGUGGCCGUUAGCAAUGUCGAAGUCAAGACGGCUAUGACUUCCAGCGAGUUGUCGCACGGAAUCGGCCGCCGGCUGUACUCCCCCGCGGGCAUGGCCACGCCUCGAUCAGUU